AUGACUCUGACGACCAGCACACGCACAGCCACGGGCACAAGCAGCAGCACAGGCACCAGGACCAGCACAGAAACCACGUCCAGGACUGUCACGACCAGCACCCGCACGGCCACCGGCACAAGCAGCAGCACAGGCACCGGCACCAGCACAGAAACCACGUCCAGGACGAUGACGACCAACACGCUCACAGCCACCAGCAUCACAUCCACCCAGACCACUACGACUCGCACCGAACCUGAAGGCGAGCUCAUUGCCUUCAAGUUUGACUUUGCCGACACCGGUGUUUUGUCCCUGGCCGCCCUCGGUGGUUUUCUUCUCGUUCUUGCAGUGCCCAUUAUCAUGAUGCAACUUCUCAAAGAGAACGGCCGACGCCAAAGAAGCAUCGGGCAAGGCCAAAUGGUCGGCCUAGCGACGGCGGGCUCAGAAAAUGAUGCGAAUCCGCAAUCUGAGUCAGGUACACAUGUUGCACAUGGUGACGGUGAACGACAAGCAGAGCCUGCUUUUUUUGCCGACAUCCUCAAAGCAAUGAAGCGAUCCCCCUAUGUCCUGGCCAUCAACAUGUUGUUGGAAUCAGGGAACCUUGUCACGGGUUUGCUUUACGCCACGGAGGCAUAUCAGCGAGCGACAUUGAUCAGCUUUUCCGUGCCGUGCGGGUCGGGUAUUCUGAUGCCCCAGAAGGCUGCCCACUGCCCUACCGAGACCGACAUUACUGAUCUCCCGCUUUGCCACGAAGGUUUGGAGGUGCAUACGAUCUGUGAAGCAGAUGUACAGGUGCCGAAUCCGAAGUGUCACGUGGAUUACCAGCUCGACAACUGUGAGAACUAUGAUAUUUACAUGAUGGAAAUGCCUCGCUGUGCAGAUGUUGGCUGCAAAGCUCUGGGCAACUUCAUGUGGGUUGGGGCUCUCCUGUCGUUCUUCGCCACUGUUGGCUGGACUGCGUUGUUUUUCUGCAGACAUCUCCGCAAGCAUCGGCAACAGCGGGAGGCAGCAAGUCUGCGUCCGCGCUUCAUAGCUCUCUUCGUUUGCCUGCUCGGGGUGCUUGUGGCUACGCUCAGCAUCGGCGUCAUUGGGGGACCCACCUCCGUCUUGGCCGUUGCUUUGCUGUGUUCGACUCUGCCGAUCUGCAGCUGGUCGUUCGCAGCAUGGAUCGCAUCCCUACCGGCAGAGGGAGAGGAGGUCAUCGUAAGCCAGGCGGCAGGCCUAGAGAUUCCGUUCUUCAACGUGCUGCUAGCAAUCAACUUGAAGGAUGACAAUGUCCAAGCCUUGAACAGUUUGCGCACACCUUUGGCCAUGGGGCUUCGGAUUGUGGAAGAUGCACCGGAACUCGUCAUUGGGAUGUUGGACUUGUUCUACUUUGGAGGAGCAUGGUACGUGUGGCUUACCAUCGGAAUGUCGAUGGUCAUGGUCGUCGUUCAGCUAUCGAUGGGACUCUUCUUCAAGUGUCUUCUGCUUGCCAGGGGGCUAGCAGGAAAUGCGCAGCACUACGUCAGUCGUAAAUCCGGGCCCAUGGAGACAGAGUAA